UCAGCGUCCCUUCCCGACUCAGUGCGCCGCCUGCCCUCUUUUGCCCCGUCGGCUGUCAUCGGCGCUCUCUAUGUUCGUUGGCCAUCUUCGUUGCAGGUCUGGGGAUCAGCUCGGCGCCGUCUUGCUCCUUCGGGUCUCAUCGUUGCCGUCUAGCUGCGUCGGCUCUUUGCGCUGUUCUCUUGCUCUGUCGGACAUUGUCAUCACAGAUUUGGAGAGAGCAUAUCAUGUGAUUCAUGUAAUUGACCUCUGCGGGAUGAGUUUCGUGGUUGAUUUUUCUAUUGCCAUUAGACUCCCUCCUUCUGAUGAUUCGUUCUUGAUCAAGUUCCUUCAACAGAAGUUCCAUCUUGAGAUAUGAUGCUUGGAAAGCCAAAGAGAUUGAGACCGAUGUAUAAAGAUCACUUGUCACCGAUUGCUUGAACCAAAUGAACCAAAUAUAUGGAGCAAUUCUCUUUUUUUGGCGGGGGUUAUGAAGUGCAACUAGAUCUUGCUAUGUGCUAUAUGUAAUCAUCGGGAGUCACCUGAAAUAACAUAAACCAAUUUGCAUGGAUCUUAGAAGUCGUGACAACUCUUCUCCACCUCGUCCCAGAUGGAGAAAAGUGGCAUAUGGUGGUAUGCAACCUGGUUAUGGUGACAACUAUACUGAUGAAUCAUUUCUUGAAGGCAUGGUCACGAAUGCCAGUGUCGUAAAGAGGGACAUGGUAAAGGUGAUGCUAGACUCAGUUUCCAUUUCUGAAUAUCUAUGCGUUGUUGCUCUCGUUGUAUUGGUCUGGACUUACACACUAACAUCAACUCUGGAUGAAAAUUCCCUGCUCUUUCUUGAUGCAAGUCUCCUUGUUUCAGGAUUUCUCAUCCUCAUAUUUACUCAAGAAAUGCUUUCCUUCAAUCUUCUCAUCCAUUACUGUCUCAAUAUUUCCUUCUUUAUAACUGGAUUAUAUGUUUUGGCUCCUAUAUACCAGACUCUAACAAGAUCCAUUAGUUCAGAUUCUAUCUGGGCAGUAACUGUGUCACUACUACUGCUUCACUUAUUUCUGCAUGAUUAUUCAGGAUCCACAGUAAAAACCCCUGUUGCUACAAAGAAUCCGGCGUUAUCCAGUUGUAUCUCUGUAAAUGCUUCUGUAGUAGCCUCAGUUUUUAUCGCAUCCCGUCUUCCAUCAAGACUACACGUGUUUGCCAUCAUGCUUUUCUCAUUGCUAGUCUUCCUUUUUGCUCCCCUGGUUACAUACUGUAUUAAAAAGUAUUCCUUCCGCUUGCACUUGUGUGUUUCCAUAAUGUUGAUUGCUCUGACCUUGAGUUUUGUGUACAUGCUGGAUCGGUUGCUUUUUGUGUUGCUGCUUAGUGUGUUAGUGUUUGUCAACGUGGUCUGCCCUUACUGGCUUAUAAGGCUUCAGGAAUACAAGUUUGAGAUCAAUGGGCCUUGGGAUGAGGCGAAGCUUUGUUUUGAUAUUACUGACUAAGAUCAUAGCGUACAUGGGGAAUACGGUGAGAAGUUGAGGCAACUGGCUCUUGAAUUUUGAGUGAUGGUCAGGUUUUGGUGUAAUUCCCCGGUGCAUUCCAUCGGCUUUGGGGCUGAGUAUUUCUGCUUGGUCUUGUCCAAAUUAGGAGCAAGUGAUGGUGCAAUGCUGUACAAUGACGUCAAAUCUUUUGACAUAUUCAUCUUGUGAAAUGAAAUGCGAGAGUGCCCUUGAUUAUUGACAUGACAAUUGAAGUAUUGGUGAGCUAAACCUUGAAUCUACCUGGCAUCCUCUAGCAACUGGCAUGAUUGUAAUGUAACAAUUUUCUUUUUCAAAUCAAGUCAAAAUGAACCAAUGGAAAGAGUGCUGACGAUAAAUUUAUUUAUUCAUAUUUAAUUUAUAUGAAUUUUAUUCUA